AUGGUGGAAUUUGCCUACAAGAAUAGUUUUCAGGCUACCAUUCAGAUGGCACCCUAUGAGGCUUUGUACGAAAGAAAAUGCAGAUCCCCAUUGUAUUCGGAUGAAGCGGGUGAAAGGAAAAUGCUAGGACUCGAAUACUUACAAGAAGUUCAGAGACAAGUAACUGUGAUUCAAGAAAGAAUGAAAGCAGCUCAGAACAGGCAGAAGAGCUAUGCCGAUAACCGACGGAGGAAUUUGGAGUUUGUAGUAGGAGAUUGGGUAUACCUCAAAGUAUCGCCCAUGAAAGGAGUCGUAUGUUUCAGUAAAAAGGGAAAGUUAAGUCCUCGAUUCAUAGGACCCUUUGAGAUAAUCGAAAGAGUCAGUUCAGUAGCUUACUGA